AUGCCGCUCGUGGAACUUUGGUGGUUGUGUUUCUUACGAUGGUGUUUGUAUCACCGAUACUGUCAUUGGGUUGUCUUGCGCAAGCUUUCCUCUCGUGGAGCUGUCUCUGUUGAGAAGUGCAUGCCUUCGAGACAAGAUGUCUAUCCGAGAUGGUUCUACUACAGCGAUGAAUAUCAAGAGCAGACGCCAUUCAGCCUGUUGGAUAAUGUCCUGAUUGAGUGCGUUUCUGAUUUAUCCAUUUUGCGAGGAAAAUCGAAGAAGGAUCGUUUAUGCAAUCGAGUAAAGAUCAACUACGAGAUUGACUUUCCACCACCGCAAUCAUUGCAGAAGUACGUUGGUCCUAUCCGACGAGCAAUAAAUUGGACCAUAAAACCGCGUAGGGAUAACCCUCGCGAUGUCAACGGGUCUCGUAUAUACCAGCUCAUGUUGCAACACAUGCAGCUUCUGCCUUGCGCUAAGUACACACAGCCCGUGUUCGUGGAGACGCUCAAGGCUGGAAAGGGGAACAUAAAGGCUUUGGACAAGGCAGCUGGCCAAUCGCCCACUAAAAAGUCUUCCUUUACCGCCGCUGCAGUCGAAGAGGAUAAGCUCGAGUAUACUAUGAUCGAGUAG